AUGGGCGCCGUGCUCAACGACGACCAGUUCACGGUGACCGUGGGCGGUCACAACCUGACCCAGCCCGAGGCGAGCAGACACAGCGUGGCCAUCGCCGAGCGCAUCGUGCACGACGGCUACCAGGAGGGCAAGUUCGACGACGACAUCGCCUUGCUGAGGCUGGCCACAAAGCUCACCUGGAGUGACUACGUGCAGCCGGUGUGCCUGCCGCCAGUCGGAGGCGAGAAGUUCACGGGCAGGAGUGCCAUCAUGGCCGGCUGGGGCUAUCUGGACGAGUGGAGGAGAGGUGGAACUCGUCCCGACACCCUGCAAUGGACGGAGGUGCCCGUCCUCUCCAGACAGACCUGCCAGGACUGGUUCACCGAAGCUAAGAAAAGCAUCAAAAUAAGCGAGGGCAAGAUAUGUGCCGGGUACAAGGAGGGCGGCAAGGACAGCUGCCAGGCGGACAGCGGCGGUCCGCUGGUGGUGCAGGUGGGGAAGGAGUACCAGGUGGCCGGCGUCGUGUCGGCCGGCAUUGGCUGUGGCAGGCCCAACCUUCCGGGCAUCUACACUGACCUCACCGUGUACGCCAAGUGGGUGGUGGGCCAGAUCAGCGCCCGCACCAGCUUUUGAAGCGCAUGUACGCACACACAGAUGGCGGUGGGGAGCUGCCGCCGGCAGGUCGAGGAUCAGCCGAUUACCGUGCCAUCAGAUCACUGCUGUUCCGGGAGGCUUAGCUGUGUGACCUCAGCAGGGUGUGAGCGACGCAGCAUGCUGACAAGACAUG